AUGGCUUCGUGGCUUCAGAUCCCGAAGAACUCACCCUUUUCGCUGGCCAAUAUCCCCUUUGGCAUUAUCUCCUCAACAAAGGCAUCCCCUCGAGUUCCCGCGAUCGCAAUUGGUGAAUAUGCGCUGAACUUGAGCGCCUUUGCCUCGUCUUCUGGCUUCUCGCAGCUCCCCGCAAUCCAGCCUCAUCUCAGCGUCUUUAACGAGCCAACAUUGAACGCCUUUGCCGCUCUCGGUCGUCCGGUACAUCGCCAGGUCCGCGAAUACCUUCAAGCCGUUUUCCGCGCCGACACUCCGUACCCUCAAGUCCUCAAAGACAAUGCAAGCUUGCAGAAGGAAGCGCUCUUGCCUCUGUCAGAAGUGACGAACCACGUCCCUCUGCAAAUCGGUGACUACACGGAUUUCUACGCCGGUCUCAACCACGCUUACAACGUCGGUGUGCUCUUCCGUGGUCCAGAAAAUGCUCUACAGCCCAACUACACCCAUCUUCCUGUCGCAUACCACAGUCGCGCAUCGUCUGUGAUCGUUUCGGGCACACCCAUCCACCGUCCCAAUGGACAAAUCCUGACCAACCCAGCUGCCAACCCCAAGGUCCCUACCUUCUCUCCGUGCAAGAAGUUGGACAUUGAAUUGGAACUGGCUGCGUUUGUUAGCAAGCCCAAUGACCUGGGCAAGCCAGUUCCCGUUAACGAAGCCGAGGACCACAUCUUCGGUCUGGUACUGAUGAACGACUGGUCUGCCCGUGACAUUCAGGCCUGGGAAUACGUUCCUCUGGGUCCUUUCAACGCGAAGAACUUUGCCACCACAAUCACCCCCUGGGUUGUCCUCAUUGAUGCAUUGGAGCCCUUCCGCGCGCCGGGUCUCGAGCCAGGUGACCGUGAGACUCUGCUGCCCUAUCUCCGUGAGAAGCGCGCUGUCAACGCCUUCAACAUUCCCCUCGAAGUUGAAAUUACGCCUGAUGGUGGAAAGUCGACGGUUAUCUCGAAGAGCAACGCGCAGAACCUUCUGUACUCGUUCCCUCAGAUGCUUACGCACCAUACCAUUACGGGAUGCAACAUGAACACUGGUGAUCUGCUUGGUAGUGGUACGAUCUCUGGAAAGGAGCCGCAAACACAGGGUAGUAUUCUGGAGCAGACAAAUGGAAAGAAUCCCAUCAAGCUGAGUGAUGGUUCGGAGCGUAUCUUCUUGGAGGAUGGCGAUCGCGUUGUUCUGCGUGGUUUGGCUGGUGAGGAGGGAAGUUACGUGGGCUUCGGUGACUGUGAGGCUACUAUCCUGCCGGCGUUGAAGCUUGAAUUUUAG